AUGCCCCGUUAUCAUGACGAUGACAGCUCUGAGAGCCAGCCCCUUCUGGACUCAGAGGAAAGUGAGAUCGAGGACGAACCGUCUGUCCGUCACAGUACGCAAUGGGAAAGACACGUAGAGCCAUCACUGGCGACCGUCCAACCUCAAGCCUUUGAUGCUCCUACUGUCUUUCGUCAACGGUUCAUCCGCCAAAUCCUAGGCUUGAACCCUUUCAAGACUUCCUACUUUACUUUGUACAGACAACUGGACGAUGCUGGGUCGAAAAUCAUUCUCGUGUUGGGUAUCGUCACUGCGGUUUUGGCUGGGCUGCCGCUUCCAUUGAUAGGCGUCGUCCUGGGUCGCAUUAUUAACAACUUCCCACCUCAUCCAGAUGAGUUGAAGCAUCUGUUGUUCCGUCUUAUGUCAGUCGCAGUCGGUUAUUUCGUCGUUACCUGGGCCUGGGCUGUUUGCUGGGCUGUUAUAGGAGAACGCGUGAGUAGAAAAACCAGAGAAAGACUUCUGCAUCGUGCGCUGGGGAUGGAUAUGACCUACUACGACACGGUCUCACCUGAUCUGUCUAGCAUUCUUACAGAGAAGACGCAAACCAUCCAACUUGGCACCUCGGAGAAGGUGGGCCUUUUCAUCGCAUCAAUAAGUUAUUUUAUCUCUGCGUUCACUGUAGGAUUCAUGCUCAAUGCGAGAUUGACUGGAGUAAUGUUCGUCACUGUGAUACCUUCCAUGGCAUUCGUUGUUAUCUACGGCACUAAGCAGGUUUCCGAUCUAUCCAAACAGGCCACAGUUUACACCGAGAAAGCUGCCUCCGUCGCUGAAAGUGCAAUCCGUGCAGUCCAAAUUGUACAGGCUUUUGGCCUCUUCGAGCAGCUAAGCGAGGAACAUGUUCAUCAUCUGCGGUCAGCAUUGAGAAUCGGAAUCAGAAAGAGUGUUGCAGGUGCUGUCAUGCUUGGUUCGGUGUAUUUCGUGGCAUACGCAACGAAUGCACUCGCUUUCUGGUAUGGCGACCGCUUACGAGAUGGUAGCGCAGAAGCUGGCACAAUUUAUGCGGUCGUCUUUCUCAUACUAGAUGCUUCUUUCGUCGUUGGAUCGUUUGGUCCAUUCAUUCAGACAUUUGCUAUGGCUGCUGCUGCAGGAGCUGCCGUACUGGACGUUCUAGACCAUCCGACAUCCGAUAUAGAUGUGUACUCUCCAAAAGGAAAGCCAGCGGAAAGUGUACACUUCGAGAAAGACCUAGUCCUUUCAUCCGUCUCGUUCGUGUAUCCUGCUCGACCUACUGUCCGGAUCUUAGACAGUAUUGAUCUACGCAUAAAGUCCGGGCAAGUUACCGGUCUUGUUGGACCGUCCGGCUCGGGAAAAUCCACUAUCGCAUCCCUACUUUUGAGGCUCUACGAUCCAACCUACGGCCACAUAUAUCUCGGCAAUGAUAAUCUGAAGUCAUUCAAUGUUCACAGUCUACGUUCACACAUCGCGCUGGUCACACAAAAUCCUGUCCUUUUCACUGGGACGAUACUAGACAAUAUCAAGCAUGGUAUACCAAGUCGAGAAAGAGAGCAAUUGACCGAGGACGAGAUACUUGUGCGGUGCAAGGCUGCAGCGGCGGAGGCAUACUGCGAUUUUCUAGACCGUCUUCCGGAAGGCAUACAUACGAAGAUCAGCUCUGGGCCUCAAUCUCAACUGUCCGGCGGUCAGAAGCAGCGCAUAACGCUCGCGCGUGCGCUAGUGGGGAACCCAUCGCUUCUUCUCUUGGACGAAUUUACAAGCGCCAUGGACGGUACGAGCGAAGCAAUCGUACUGGAAAACUUACGUCGUUCUUCUGCGAGCGCCGCUCGAACUACCGUUAUCAUUGCACAUCGCCUGGCGACUGUGCGAGAUGCCGAUCGCAUCGUCGUUAUGAAGGACGGAAGUGUAGAAGAAGAUGGGCGCCAUCAGGAUCUUCUUAAGAAGAACGGUGUCUACGCAGAACUGAUUAGAGCACAACAAUUCGAGAAGGGACAACCGUCCGCAGCCUCAUCGAUUCGGUCAACCACUCGCUCAUCGCACAAAGAGCAUGAAGAUUCUUCGAGUGAAUCAAACCACACGAUUCAAUCAACUCCGAAGUCGCAAGGCGAUGCGCCUAAGAUGAGUGCGCUGACAUUGAUUGGAAGAUCAUUAGCACUAAGCCGCCGUGAAACACCUGCCAUAAUUGUCGGCUUGGUUUCUUCCAUCUUCAGUGGUGCAGUCAUCAUUGGCGAGGCGCUCAUAUUCGGAAACUUGGUCGAGCUUCUGAACGACACAACUGGAGCUGACGAUGUCACCAGUAAAAUCGCAUUCUACUGUUUGCUCUUCUUCGGCUUGGCCAUUGUCGCUCUGACUUCCCAUUCCUUUGGCAAAACUGCAUUCGGCAUGGUCUCAGAAAACCUCACUCUGCGAGUCAGGGAUCUUUCCUUCCGGACGAUCCUGCAGCAGGACAUUGCCUGGUUUUCUCAGCCUGGUCACUCCCACCAUGCCUUGAUGUCGCGUCUGAACUCGGACAGUGGCAGUAUCAGUGGGCUCUCUGGAGUUAUACUCGGAACCGUCUUCUCAAUUGCGACGUCUGUUCUUGGUGGCAUUGUGCUGGCCCACAUAGUAGCAUGGAAGAUUGCUAUAGUGCUGCUGGCAGCCGUCCCUGUCAUGCUCUUGGCUGGCUUCUUGCGCCUUCGUAUCUUGGCUAUGGCAGAAGAACAUCACCAAACGGCGUACAACGACGCGGCAGCUCUUGCUUCAGAGGCGACAUCUUCCAUGCAAAUCGUUGCAGUUUUUGGACUUGAAUCUCAUUUUCUCGACGGCUAUCGAGAGGCGAUCCGUAAACCGUAUGAAGAACACCUCAGGUUCAGCGUGCUUGGCAACAUUCUACUCGCCUUUUCGCUCUCAAUCACAUAUUUCGUCUACUCUUUGGCGUAUUGGUGGGGGUCUAAACAAGUGCGCAACGGCAAUUAUAGUCAACGGGAGUUCUUCAUAGUGCUACCUGCAUUGCUCUUUUCCGCACAAUCUGCAGGUCAACUCUUUAGCUUGGCUCCGGAAGUAACUAGGGCGAAGGCUGCUGCUCAAAGCGUCUUCUCACUACAUGAUGAGAAACCGACUAUCAUCACAGAUCGGGCGCCUUUAGACUCUACCAUUACUAAUACAUCGAACGGAGACGCCCUGUUGUCCGGCCCUUCAGCUUCAUAUGGUACGUUUGGUGUACGGGGCGAGCUCGAAUUCCGCAACGUCAGCCUCUACUAUGAGAGUCGACCAAAUGUUCCUGCUUUGAACGACGUGUCAUUCCAAAUUCGACAGGGCGAGAACAUAGCUUUCGUCGGCCGUUCAGGUGCUGGCAAGUCAAGCACAAUUCAUUUGAUAGAAAGAUUCUUCGACCCAAAUGCAGGACAAGUCUAUCUCGAUGGGCAAGACAUUCGACAAGAAGCUGUUCGCAACCAUCGCGCUCGCCUAGCGCUCGUUGAGCAAGAGCCAGAUCUCUUCCCAGGCUCAGUCAAGUUCAACAUUGGUCUAGGCGCACGACCGGGCACCUCGGCUAGUGACGAAGACAUCCAACAUGUGGCUAAGGAAUGUGAGCUCCACGAUUUCAUCAUGAGCCUACCAGAAGGCUAUAACACCGAGGUCGGCUCUCAUGGAUCAAAACUUUCAGGGGGUCAGCGUCAACGCCUUGCUAUCGCUCGAGCUCUGAUACGCGAUCCUGAAAUACUGCUUCUUGAUGAAGCAACAUCUCAACUGGAUGCCAAUACUGAACGGGAAAUCCGAAGAGCAAUUGCCGCUGCUUCUAAAGGCCGAACUACAAUUAUGAUCGCACAUCGGUUAGCAAGCGUACAGCACGCAGACCGUAUCUUUGUGUUCGACACUGGGCGUAUCGUUGAGCAGGGCCGACAUGACGAGCUUGUGGCUAUGGGGGGAAUAUACGCCGCCAUGGUAGCCACGCAAGAGUUGGAUUAA